AUGGACAACCAGACAUUCAAAUACACCGUACUCUUAAUGGAGGGACUGAAAAUAGCACCUCAGUACAACCAUCUUGCAUUUAUCUUUCUCUUGAUUGCUUACAUAUUUAUAACAGUAUUUAACAUUGGGAUUUUGGUUCAGAUCUUGGCAGAUAAAAGUUUACAUGAGCCCAUGCACAUUCUGUUUUGCCAUUUACCAAUUAAUGAUGUGAUGGGAGCAAAUAUUCUUUUACCACGCUUGCUGAAAGAUAUUUUAACAGAUCCUUCUGAGCGCCACAUCACAUAUGUGGAGUGUGUUUCACAAGCUUUUUUUAACCAAUUUUUUUCAACAACAUCUCACACUAUUCUAAUGAUCAUGGCCUUUGACAGAUACGUGGCCAUAUGCAAUCCAUUACGAUACUCAUCAAUAAUGAGCAGUAAAAUGAUGGUAAAAUUAUCAGCAGGAGCCUGGUGUGUUCCAUUAAUACUGGUGGCAAUUCUGCUUAGUCUGUCUAUACGUCUGUCUCACUGUAGAUUUGUGGUUCAAAACCACUAUUGUGAUAAUGCUUCACUAUUUAAAUUGUCCUGUGAAAGUGUGGUGAUUAAUAAUGUGUAUGGAUUAACUUUCACUGUGGUUUUACUCACCUCUUCAAUGGGGAGUGUGUUUAUAACAUAUUUUAGAAUAGCCAUGAUUUGCAUAAAGAGCAAAAAUAAGUCUACAAACAUUAAAGCCAUAAAAACUUGCUCAACUCAUUUGACUGUUUAUUUAAUUAUGUUAAUCUCUGGACUGAUAACAAUUAUCCUUCAUCGUUUUUCAGAAAUCCCUGAAGGUAGAAAAAUAUCUGCUAUAAUUUUCUUUGUCCUACCUUCAAGCUUGAAUCCUAUAAUAUAUGGCUUGCAAGCCAAGGAAAUAAGACAAAAGGUUUUUAAAUAUUUUACUAAAAAUAAUUCUAUGUCUCCAAAGGAAUGUGAGAGUCGUAAAUGGCCCCAUUCCCGCUUACCCCCCUUUUCCUCCAUCGCCAGCGGGUGCUACGGGAGUCUGGGUACUUUGUUUCAGAGUCCCGACGACCUUGCCAUCGAUCAGCGGACUCAGAGACUUAACGCUUCGGCAUCUCGCUUGUAUGGGUCUUCGGGUCAACUGGGAGAAAAGAAAACUUUGCCCCAUGCAGAGGAUCACUUUUCUCGUUCUCUCAAAGGCAAGAUCAGGGCCCCACUGAAACAAUUUCAGUCGCUCCUGGAGCAUAUGGCAGCAGCAGCGGCUGUGACACAGCUCGGGUUGCUCCAUUUGAGACAACUUCAGCAUUGGCUUCACGACCGAGUCAGUCAUAAUCUCGAUGAGCCUUUUCGCACAGACACUGUGCAAAGUCAGGGACGACAAGGAGAACAUUACUGGCUCCUUAUUGGCCCACCAGGAACUGGUUCCCUGAGCUCAUGCUCCUCGCGACAGCCACCUCCCCGGCGGAUUUCCCUGAGGAAGGACCUUCUUUCUCAAGGAGGUGGCAGACCCCCAAGAUACCUUCAGCAUCGGUUGGAUGGUAGGCUGUCACCCUCCACUCUUAAUGUAGAUGUUGCCGCGAUAUCCGCUCACCAUGCCCCGAUAAACAGCAGGUUAGUGGGUCAGCACAACCUGGUUACUCGAUUUUUAAGAGGUGCCCAAAGGCUAAACCCUUUGCGCCCUUCCUCUAUUCCUACUUGGGGCCUGUCCAUGGUGCUGAAAGCCCUGCAGGCUGCUCCUUUCGAGCAUUUGCAGUUUGUGAGUCUGAAGUUUCUUACAAUGAAAACUCUGCCUCUGUUAAGAGGGUAG